AUGCCUGCCGAACGCCAACCCGCCCAGAAGCGCAGAGUCCUCCCAUUCAAACCCCCACGUCAACGGGAUUCCGCCAGCGCUGGACCAUCAUCGGCAGCAGCACCAGCAGCACCAGCAGCGUCCAAAGCCAACGGAAAGGGCAAAAAGGCCACCAACAGCACAGAAACCUCAUCCUCAAAAACAACAACCCGAAAACCAAAAACCGCUCGAAAGUCGGCCCCCCAGAAACCUCGCGCCAACUCCCCUCCGUCAGGGUCGGAGCACGGAUCUGAAUCAGAAGGGUCGGGGUCGGGCAGUCGUGAACGUUCUCGAUCUCGAUCGUUCUCUGGGGAACCGGAUUAUAUACUCGCAGAGAUUACACAUAACAAUCAAUCGGAGGAUGUGACGUCAAGCGAACCUGCGAUCCCACCGAAGCUGCUCACCAAGUUGCUGCAUCAUAAUUUCCAGAACGAGAAGACCAAGGUUGCGAAAGAUGCGAAUGGGGUCGUGGCGAAAUAUAUCGAUGUUUUUGUGAGAGAGGCGCUGGCGAGAGCUGCAUAUGAGAAGGCUGAAGGUGGGGGUGGUGCUGAUGCUAUUGGGGAUGGGUUUCUGGAGGUCGAGGAUCUUGAGAAGAUGGCUCCGCAGCUUGUUUUGGAUUUCUAG